AACUGAGCAUGAAAAGUUUGUUGAACAUUAAAAAUUUCCUAUAUUUUGUAUAGUUGCUUCUGAAAAUUCGGACAUCACAGCAGUCUUUUUUGUAUCUUAAUAUGUGUUGUCUAGAAAGGAUAAUUGGUGCACAGGGGUAUCGGAAAUUACGGGCCUUUGCUCAGAAUUUGAAUUCAUAUGUCUCAUAUCUGCUUGGGCUUAAAUAUAGUGUUUCUCUUGUUUUCUCAGACUCCUACUUGGGAAACUUGCAUUGGUUGACUUACAGGGCCUUAACGAUCAAGAGAAGCUUGCUUUUUGGAUCAACACUUACAAUUCGUGCAUGAUGAAUGCCUUUCUAGAACAUGGAAUACCAGAGAGCCCUGAGUUGGUGGUUGCACUGAUGCAAAAGAAUCAGUUCAGGAGGUAUAUUGAAUGGAGCAGGCAGUUUAAUGGGGUUGUAUCUGCUGUGUUUCUGCUACACUACUGUGAAGGGUUUGAGGAUAGAUGCUGGGAUGAUGCCAGGGUGAUGUUGUGCAUUGGAGAUGCUUGUUGCCUGUGCAUUUUGAAGGCUACCAAGUGUCUGCCAGAAUUUGUCUAGUUCAAAGGUACUAAACAGCAUGCUCAGUAGCUGGACAGAUUCCAGGAGCUGAAUGUGAAGAUCAGAAGAUGCAGUAAAGUAGUUAAAAAUAGUUUUAAUCAUCUUGAAGGAUUAAAGUCAUUUCUUGUAUUUCUUUUAAAC